UGCAACUUGCAAAGCCGAGAAACCUACGAGCACACGUCGCCAAAUUAAAAAGAAAAAGAGGGAAUCCUUGCGUGUACAACCGGUUCUCUUAAACCCUCUCUCUCCCGUUCGAAUUUUGACCGUUGAUAAGCAGCAUACGGGUAGAGGUGAGUGAUAUUAAUGCGAACAUCGUUGUCAUACGCCACUAGGGCGUGAUGGCUGGUCGAUAUCUCAGACAUGUGUGUACGGUCGGUUUUGAUGAAUGGAGCGUGUUUUCCGAUGCUUGUUUUUCGCGAAAGCGAAGUGCCCCACUUGGAAACCGGCUCCUGUGGGCCGUUGGUUCCUACCGAGAAGCGACGGCGAAAUGGAGCGCUGCAAUGAGAACGUUAAUUGCAACCACACUGGUUCCUUUCUCGUGUGUCCCACACAUGUUCUGCGGUCCUUCCGUAUCUGCAACGCCUAGUGUGAUACAUAAAUGAGUAGAAAUGCGACCUUUCAAUGGAUUUUCAUGGCUCAGUGAAUGUUAUAAACUUGGCGUCUCAGUGUGUGGAUGCUCCUUCAGGAUGGAAGGAAGUUUUUGCAAGGCGGAGAAGUAGCAUUUUUCUUUUUCUUCUACUUUGCCCUAGCGGGGCUAGGGGCAUCCUGCUACAGCGACGCAUGCCCUAAUGAAAUGUACGGAUCAAGGCUAAGGAGCGCCCAUCUACAGUGCUUUACGCCUACAACGGAAGAUGUGGCAAAGAAAACAUUACAAUAUGAUUUUUUUCCCCGUGGUGGAAUUUCCUCUCCAUACGGAUAAUCGCUUGAGGAAUUCCUUGAGCGCGACGCAUACCGUCGUCAUUCGGCAGCUUGACGUCAAGCUAGGAAACUGAGACGCCUGCUGUUUCCAAAGACGUACACCGCACGUGCCUGCCUGAGUGCUCCAGUCGUCCGUGUGUGUUUUGCUCGUGACACCUCCACGAUUCCUCACUUGAACAUGCAUUGUUUUGUUCCUUCUGCUUUGUGAGUGUGACGGCACGUGCUUCUGUGCGCAUUGUACGUAUAAUUUUGGGAAAGUAGCUAGAUCAUUUUUGUGUCCCCUUUUAUAAGACUGCAGCGUACAUGUGUUUGCCUGCCUCACUGCUUGCUUCACAAUAUGGUUGGUGCAAGAUCUCUCAACGAAGAUAACGGCCUUGUUUUUCGGCCAAAGUGUUCCUUACGUUGUGAUUGCUCCACGUCUUUUGCUGUGACAGACGUCUUUGAGUGCAGUUGGACUGAGUGGUUACAGCGGCAGCAAAUACAGUGUGACUGUGUGUGCUAACUACAAGCAAAGCUGUUCUUACCAACAGCUGUUACAGCAGUUAAUUCGAAAUGACGAAACGACAGAACGCCAAGUGAGUAAUCAAACAAGUGAAAACUGGAGCGGUAAUUUAGAUAUUGAAAUAAUGUACAUGUUUAUCUCGUGUCUGUCGAUGUACCAUAUAUGACCAACACUGCAUCAAAGCAUCGUAAAAGAUUAUGUCUAACAAGGCACGACGAAUGCACAGGAAGGUGGACCGUGGGGUGUCGCCAAAGUUGGACUGCCUGUCUUACCCGAUUCUUCGGAGUCCUGAGACUUGUCGUCGUCCCGUGAGGGUAAUCGUCGAGUGUCCACACUCAGAAGAUGGCAUCGAUCGUAUCAUGCGCAAGGGGCGAGAUUUUUGCCGCAGCUUGACCCCUGAUAGCCAGCCGCGUUUGUGUGUGGGAAGCACUGUUCGGGCUAAAUCACUGUCUCCUGCAAAAGUACGACGGCCAUCUGCGGGGACUGUGGCUUCAGCGUCGUUGCCAAAUGGAAAAUGUCGCCUUCUGGUGGAAGACGAAGAAGCACCCCACAAGUCUCCCUGCCAAUCUCCACGACACAGUGUCUCGUCUACGGGAUCUGCCUGCUCUUCGCAAGGAAGCAAGGACACAAGGCAGGAACAUGGCGGCAGUCAAAGGGUUGGCCUUGCCAAAUUGGCCCGGCUGCUCAUCCAGAAGAGCCCCGGAGGUUCUUCCCCGACAGGCACCGUCUGCUCUCCUCCUACUUCGGAUGCUUCCAUGGUGUCGAGACCUGGCCUUCGACGGUCGGCGAGCAUCGACAGCCUGCUGGACAGCGUGCUUCCCAGUCAGGGCGAUUUCAGCGGAGAGGACGAUGCGACGUCCCAGUGCACGUUAUCCACUCUAGCUGUGCCACCCACCCACGGGGGCCAUCGCCCCUCCCAAAGACGAGCCCUUCCAACUUCCCCGAGCGUGCCUUCCAAACUAGCUAAGGGGGUUCCCGGAUACCGCCAGGCUGGUGUGGAGCUUCUGCUUGAUGGCUUGUCGCUCGGAAAAUCCGAACGAAAAAAGCUGGAAAAGUUGAAUAAAUUCAACAUUGACCUCCAGGCACUCUUCGCGGCUGUGGAACAUCAUCACGUGGAUAGAGCACGGUCCAUCCUGGAAUCGACCAACAUCGAUGUCAAUAGCGUCAACACGGAUGGAUUCACGGCACUGGACGUGGCAGUCAUGACGGGAGAGGCAUCUUUGGUGCGCCUCCUUCAAAACUACGGGGCCCGGGAAGGCCCUCGAUGGACGUCAGCAGAAGCCAGAGCCUCCCAGCUCACGGCCAUGCUUCGGGAAGCCCAGCGAUGUGUGGAGGACUUGACAGCGUGCGUCGCAUCCGCCUCUGCCAACGCUGGAAGCCUGUCGACAGCACUGCUCAGGGAAAAAGAACGCCAACUGGCACUUUGGGAACGACGCCUUGGCCUCAUUUCAGAGAUGAAAACUGGCUUCGAAGAACUGCGGCCCCCUGACCCUCCAGGAUAUGUUUCUCUGGAAGUCGUAGGUACACGAGCUUUACGCGUAACGUUUUCUGAGCCAGAAUCAGCGGCUCAAGCACCUACACUGGUGACGAAAUAUCUAGUGGAGUAUUGCGAAAACGAAGCCUUCUCCUCGUCCGUUGGGUCCAUGGAAGUCACAGACGUGCAGAAAUUAGAGUUCACCAUCCCCGAACUUUCACAAGGAGUUCCAUACUUUGUGCGAGUGGCUGCUGGCAAUGGAAAAGGCUUCAGUGAUUUUCAAAUAUCGGACCCGCAAUCUGCCACGCCAUCCAGUUGGAGAGACGUGGAGGAGCGUGUACCCCGUUGGAAAGGAUGCACGGAACGGCUCGAGUACCUUUUCCAACAAAUCACAGAAUCACACCAUGCUGCGACAUCAGCGGACUUUCAAAAGAGCGGAAGCAGCGUGGGAUCUACCAGCGACCUGGCUGACGGCAGUUCGUCGCGGAGGCCAGUCCGGAAGAGCAUCCGCAACCUCUUCUCCGCGGCGCCAAAGUUCCAAAAGACGCUCAAGAGAGGCAUCUAUUUAGCGUCUCUUCUUUACAAUGAAGACCGAGUGCUAGUUACCACUGAAGAAACGUUACCCAUCUUAGAAGUGGAUGACGUCUUCCCGCCAUCGCUGCAUACGGAGUUUCACUGGCUCGUCAAAGUGGGUUGCACGUGGGAGGAUGUGAAGACCCUGAGGCAAGACAUGGAGAAAAGUCACAGCUCCUCUAACGUACACUUUCGGAGCAAGUUACUGCUUGCUGUGGAGCAGAUGCAGUCUGCACUGGGCAUCCAGGAUCUGGGCCAGCUGUACUACAAGCCACUACGGGAUUAUGAAGGAACGACAACCUUUUGCGUGAUCAAGUAUGUCGAAGAGCCAAAGUGUAUUAACACUUUGUCAGUUCGUUGGCUUCCAUUGGCUAAGAUACAAAGAAGGAUGCCCAGCGUCAGUGACGGAGGAGAACCGUCCACAGCCACAGAGCUGCUGACAUCAGCACUCCAGGAAAUGAUGACAUAUCAUCAGGUCAGCAACAUCCCUCUCCCGCGAGGUCUCUACCUGGGUUACCUCAAACUGAAAAGCUCAAUGGACCUCAUAAGUGUUCUGGUGCCAUACAAGAACCCAAACAUGCUGCCUUAUUGCAAGAUACGGAACAACCAACAUGUCUCAUGUGAAGAGUGGCAGUGGCUAAAGAGCUUAGGCCAAGAUGUAUCAGAGCAAACAGCUAAUGACAUGCAGCUCAAGUUCCAGAGGGCGAUUUCAGCUGCAGCAAAGACGCUCUUCUCACAGCUAGAAAUUUCUCAGGAACUCUAUAAUGCACACCGUGUCUAUGACAUGGAAGUGGUUGAGCUAAGCAGUGAGGUGAGCCUGCUCCUGGUGCUGCCCCCUGUUGAAGAAGUGUGCUGUGUACCUGGCCAAAGGGACGAGUUGACUUCAAGGGCUGACUGCCUGACACUACCUGUGCAAAUGUUUGAGGCCAUUCACCUACGCACCUAUCAGCCACCCUUCAUUGCCUGCUACGCUAGAGUCUCCUCUAUCCUAGAAAUGGAUACCAUGCUGGCACAGCACGCGAAUAGAGAGGCAUUUUCAUCAACAGAAGUGGCUACAGCACGAGGUCGUCUAGCACAGCUCCAAAGCUUCCAGGCCCAAGUUGAACAGACGUGGCGUGCUACCCGGUGGAUCAUGGAUGCCCUCACAUACGCUCGCAAUCGUUCCCUCAGUGCGGGGCUUCAACUCAGUGCCAUAUGGCGUCCAGGUGACCCACCAACUCCUACUCUACAACUGACUGCACCUAUUCUGCCACCAAUCUCUGUACGACGAGUCUCGCGUGUAGAUGACCUCAUUGAUGCUAAAAUGUUUCUUGGCCCACCUGUCACUACCUCUGCAUCUUUGGGAGUGAGCGGCGGAUUGGAAAUUCGCAGAUGUGCUUCAGCAUCACAACUUAUCCUUUCUGGUGACCACGAAGAGGUUGCCAAAGAGUGCCGGAGCAGCAACACCGACUCAGCUUCGUCAGCAAUUGAGGAUGAUUACACUGACAACGAUGCCCCCAUCAGCGUCAUGUGCCCUUCGCUCCGCUCUCCAGAUGCCCUAAUCCCAGAAGAUGAUGGGGCACGUAAUUUGGAUGCAUCAUACAGAUUGUCUGGGCCAGGUGUGCUUCGUAUUUAUGCGGCGUAUGACUGCGGCUUACCAACAGGGACUAGUAUGAAGAUCCAUGUGACAGAGGAAACAACAGCGAGGGAAGUAAUUGAAUUGUUUGUGAGACAGCUCAAUACUGCUGUGAGGGUGAAGGGAAAAGAUGGGCCUAUCUAUGGGGAAGAACGUUUUGGAGAGUUCUGCUUGGUGGCUGUGGUGGGUUCACGGGAACGAUGUCUCAGUGAUGACUAUGAGCCUCUGCGCUUGCAGAACCCUUGGACUAAAGGAAAGCUGUUUGUUAAGUUACGUGAUGAAGAAAAAUUGUAGAUGUUUACAAAAAGUGAAUUUGUUAGUGCUGGUGAUGCAAUGCUAGUUAUAUUUGUGCACUGGAUAUUUGGGAGAGCUUGUUGCUUCAUAUUUAUAAGGGAUGAGGGUAGUAGUUUGUGCUCACUGUGUUAAGGGAAGGGUUACGAGAAAAAGAACAGUGCUGUGCAUUCGGAUGUAUUUACUGUAGCAAAACAUGUUUGUAACUUGCACAUGAGAAAACAGGAAAUGCCAUUUUUAUACGCAUUUCAUCCUGAAUACUUCUCAUGUAAAAGUAUGUUUGCAACAUCUCUAUAUCACAGUCACUUAAAGGGACUAUCGCAUCAGUGUGUGUGAGACCGAUAUGGUAAUGUUCCGAACCACGUCAGUCUUGGGUUUUCCGAAGACUUUCUAGACUAAUGUCGGCACAGUUCCCCUUGAAGUCGGCCCAGGACGCAUACCCCUGUCCCCCACUCCUUCCUGCUGUCCUCUCUUCAUCUGUCCACGUCUAUACGCCCCUCAUAGCCACAGUUGCUUCGCGAUGCUAACACGGAAUUAAAAAAAAUAAAAAAACGUCACAGUCAACUUGGCAAAGUUUCUCCUCAAGAAACACUUUAUGUACUGUAAAAGUAGAAAUUUUCGUGAGGACUUAAUUUUUGCAAAUGUCGCGAAAUUAAGGUUUGGGGAUGAGAAAGUAUGGGUACUGGAAUUGAAAUGCCACUUUAACAUCAGUAGUUUAUUCGCAUACUGUAUCACUUGGCAUUGCAGGUACCUACUCUCACAAAACCAGCCCGUAUAUCAUUGUCACGGGAUUGGAGCUCAAACCUGCGAAGUUAAGGUUUGGCAAAAUUUUCCCGAAACUCACUUCCACACAAAUUUGCAAAUUAUUAAGACCACAAAAUUACCUAACCACUUUUACAGUAUUAAAUAAACGAGUUUUAAAGAUUUGCAGUCCCUCUGCCGCUAAGGAAGCCCUAGCGACAGUAAUAUCAUGAUGACAUAAGCCAGGCACACCAAUGGUAGCACAGCGUAGGUGAUUGUCUCCGAGCUCGUCUGCUUCAUGUUCGCACUGCAACAUACUAACUGAAGAGUCCUCGGAAAUACGCCGACUUUUGCUUACCAGUGUGAGUUCUGAUGCGACCAUGUCACGAGGAACAUGGUGAACACGUCCGGUGCGAACUUCCAAGUGACAAUCCACAAGUCGGUCACAGACCCUCCGCGACCUGCAGACACUGUCCCGCCUACCCGCCCAUCUGUCGCCAAAGGCUCUCCGGACCCUGAUUGGCCUUGUCUGAGUGACAUUUUCUUCGAUUUCCAGAGAUAGAAUUCCGGCAUUCUCUCAACAUCAGUCAUGCCCCUCUUGCCAUGCAUUACAUCAAAUUGCAUAGAAACUUGCGCACUUAUUCGUGUCAGAUUUUUGGCAUUAUUGUCAGUGAUGAGAGGAGUAAAACUGCAUUAUAGUUUCAGAAUUGACCGAGACUGAUGCGACAGUCCCUUUAAGCCUUGCAACAGGACAUGCAGUAACAGACAGACAGGCCAUCUCCAGCCUCUGCAAGUGAUCACACAUGGUGAUGAAACGAAACAUGACUGAUUUGUAACAACAGCGAAUAUAUGGCAUAUCCACAAUUACAGUGUAUUAACUCCUGAUGACCAGCAGUUGAAGUCAGUUUCUUCUUACCUGGUGCCUUAGGCAUGAAUGAAAGUUUUCAUAUGUACUACAAGCAAAUAUUUGUUUGGCACUGUGCAGUGUUCACUUGUUUCAAAAUUGACAAUCCUAACUGAAGAUCACAGAAAAGGUCAGAAUAUGUCUCACAUCACUGUCAGAGGACCAGAAAUGUGGCUCAGGGAGCGUCAAUGCUCUCUUGCAUUCUUUCAGUUGAUUGACUUCUGCAGCAAGAUGUAUAGUACAUUGGAAUACUGAAGGAAUAAUAUUUCCCACAAAAAAUUAUCUUCUUGAUAAAUGCAGGGUGUACCAAGUGUUGUUCGGACAUUUCGUAACCAUUGUAGGGACCGCAUUAUAAAAAAACACUGAAAUGCACCUGAGAGGGUUGUGAAAAAUUUCUUCCUACCCAGGAGUUUACUUUGUGCAGUCUCUGGUUGGGAUACUAACUCUUGCCACUGGCAGCGAAACAAGUUGCAGUAGGUAGCAAGAAGGGUGCAGCAGGUAAACACCACACAGAGAUAUGUACUAUAGAUUUAGGCUUGUGUCUUAACCUACCUUAGUUGCAUACACCAUGCCAGUUUAUGCGCUGUUUCUUGUGAAAAUACCUUUCAAAGGAUUAUGCCAGAUCUAUGGCCGUCAUAUGUCUGCAAAUUCUGUAAAGUUCAGUGUACUUUGCUUACCUGAAAACAUUUUCAGGCACCUAAGUGCAGCGUUGAAAGAAAGCUAUGCAUGUCAAGUACCACAUCACUAAGUACUAAUGAAAGAGAGAGAAAAAGAAAAUCCAGCGAAUCAGUGAGGAAAUGGUAAGGGAAGAGCCUCAGGACGAGAGCCAUUGAUAUUUCGAACAGAGACUGUCCUCCUGGGCGCCCAGAUUGGAGAACAGUCUCUGUUCAAAACAUCAGCGGCUGUCAUCCUGAGGUUCUUCCCUUAACAUAAUUAAAGAGAGAGUUUCAUACACAUGUCCGAAAAUGUGCAAGUUAUUCGAAAUGCAGAAUCAUUGUUAACCAAAGAAUCUCCAAAUCAUCGUCAAAUCAUCAUGUAGGCUGUUGUGUAGCAAAACCUUUCUGUGUCACUCUUUUAUUUUUUGUGUCAUUUUGUUUUCUUACUAGGCUGCUUACUACUCUUAACCUGGGAACAUUCCAUCACUACUUACCCUUUGCCCAUUCCCCAACCAAUUUUGUGUCAACAUUUCAGAGGUGACUAUCAUGUUUUUCCACAUAGCGUGCCAUUGCUAUAAUCAGAAGCUUAAUCAACUUACUUAACAAAUUAAGCUCAAUAAAUCGAUAUUCUAACGCAUGCUACUUUGCUGCAUUUGAACAUUCUCAGCUGGUUGUAGCUUACUGAUCUUUUAAUUUGUGCAUAUGAAGAAGGUAAAAUACGCGAUUUCUCCACCAUGUCACUCUCUUCUGAUUGCCUACAAAAUGCCGUCCUAUAUGGGGACAUUUCAUUUCUCCUAGCACAAUGUUGUUAACGAAUCAUGGUAGGUGGGAUUCCUCACAUAUUUCAAGGGCGAAAGCUAAGAUCUGGUACCAAGCACAAAGGAAUUUUUUGUCCUCUGAGUAAAAGGGAAAAAAAAUAAAGAAAAAUACUGGAUCGCAGAUUUUCGCUCCAGCUUAAGUUUCAGCUGAAGGAGGUGCCUAAAUUGCUCUAUGUCUAGUGCAUGUUCGUACCAACUACAAAACCAGGAUGUUGGUGCAGGAGGCAGCGCAAAAGAAUAUCCUUGAAACUCCCAUACGGUACUAACAGCAUUACCGGCAUCAUCCUGAGGAAAGCAUAACAAUCAUACAGCACAUAAUCUGAUGUGAAAAUACUCAUGAACAUAACAAGUUUUGUAGUUUUCUGAAGUUUGUGCAAUAGUUCUUGUCACCAAUUGCUGUGGUGCUCUUUAGACUGUGUCUGGAGCCUUUGUGUUGUGUAACAUACAUAAUAAGAAAGAAUAGAAAGAAGAAUACAAAGAGAGAGAGAGAGGAGUGCUGGUACUAUAGUGUUGUUGUAGUGUCACUCUACCAAGCAGUACCACUUGCUGUCUACAUUGUAAAUGUCUGGUUGAUCAAGUUUCCCCCCAAAAAUUUUUCAUUCUCGGCCAAGUUUUUCAAAAAUAGAUUAUAAAAUAAAUAUUGGAAGGCAGCGUGCUGAGAGUAUUUUUGUCUUUUGUUGCUUGUUAAUCUGUAAUUAUGUAAGCUUCCUUUGUUAAGACAGAAGCAGCCACUCGUUCGCACUUCAGUUGCACUGUAUCGCUCUGGCUACAAUGAUUACUAUGAUACAAUGUCGCCCUCGAGACGAGACCCUAUGCAGAAGAUGCUAUAUGCAGUUGCAUUCUGUGCAGGUUUCACUGCUUCAGUGUUUAGCCAAGGGGUUGCCCUUUAACGGUUAAUUUGUCAUUAAAAGUCUGCAGCACAUGUAGUGCUUUCUUACACGGUGACAGAGCAACUGUGGUGUGGGUGGAUUGCAUAAAACUUAAAUCAAAUUCAUUUUGUUUUCAAUUUACUAGUAAUCAUCUUUCAUAGUGUACCUGAUACCAAGAAACUUGCAGGACACAUAAGAUCACCUUAUUUAUGAAGUUUUCCUGAGCAACAUCAUGUUCCCGAGUACUGUCAACAGCAACACACACAAGCCCUGAUUAACGAUUUGUAAAUUGUGGUCUAUCCUUGAAUAAAGUGUGGUGUGAAACAGA